CCGUGCAUAUCUCUCGGGCUCGUCGAAUGCUCCAGAGCAUCAGUUUGAUCCCAUCAGCUCUCAUCCGCGUUAA